AGAGCAUUCUCAAUCACCCCAGCCCAUACACUGUGUCCCAAAAAUCAUCCUGGAGGAGAGAAGCUCUGCAAAAACUCCGUUUUUAUCCACCAUACACGCACCAAGCUAAGGGAGGAAGAAGGAAGGAAAAAGAGAAGAGAAAAGAGGAGUUUAGGUGGGAAAACUUGUGGUUAAUAAGGUAUUUCAAGAACUUUCACAGAGUUGAAAAGGUCGCCGGAGUUGUCGCCGGAGUUCAUUGAAGUUCGCCGAAAUUUCGUCAUGGCUCAAUCGGAAAGGCUAGGACCCCAUAAGCUUCAUUAAGGUUAAGGCUAGAGUCCUACUACCUGCACCAUUAUCUAGGGUGGACUUCAAAUAAGGAAGACGUGAAAAUUGAGGGUAGACGCAUGGCUUCGAGGAAUAACCCGAGGGGGCAAGCACCGGUAACGUCCAUAGGGGCUAGCCAGGUCGCGUCUCGGGGCUCUAGAGGAAGUCGAGGAGGCCGUGGAGGCUGUGGAGGUGAUCAUCGGGCUCAAACUGUGAGUGAUGGCCAUGUAAGCUCGGUGUAUGAAACCAACACCGAGAACUAUGAAUCAUCAUAUGUUCCCGAAACGGAACAUGAGGAGACCCCAUACGAUGGGGGUGAUACGUACACCGACGAUGACAAUGAUGAGAGUGAUGCCAAAUUCGCCCAUAUGGGGAAAUUGUUUGAGUGGUAUCAAAAGGAGAAGCUGAGAAGAGACCUUAGGCGCAAAUCUAGAUGUGCCUCUCAGGGAGGUUCGGGUCAGGGAAGCCGGGGAGCUUCAGCGGCCAUUCCCAUGGCAUCAAAGGGGGUACAGGGAGGAGGUUUAUGUGCAAGAAUCUCCAAAUACCUCAAGGAGGCUAGAACCUUGGGGUGUAAGUCAUUUGAUGGCAAGGGUGAUAUAUCGCGCGGUGGCUGCCGACUGGAUCAAGAAGCUAAAUGAGGCUGCUAGGGAUAUGCAGAUCGGGCUUGACAUAAAGUUGACGGUUGCUACCAGGUUACUGGAGGGAGUAGCCGCGAUAUGGUGGGAAGGCGUGGAAGAAAAGUUCCACUGUGAGAACACCUGGGAGAAAUUCGAAGUAGAAUUUUAUAAUCAGUAUUAUUCAGAGUUUGAGAAGAACCAGAAGAGGAAGGAGUACAUGACCUUGGUACAAGAGGAGGAUUGCUCGGUGAGGCAAUUGGAACAGAGGUUCCGGGACUUGGCACGAUACAUACCUGAGUACGCCAUGGAUGAGAACCGUAUGGCUAAUCACUUCUAGGAUACCCUACAGUUGGAUAUUCGUGAUCGGGCUACCUACAAUCAUCACAUGACGUUCAGUGAGAUUGUUGAUCAGGGGCUCCUUGGGGAAGCCAAAUGGAACGAAAGGAAGAAGAGAGACGCCAAAGAGGCAAAGAAGAGGAGAUGGGGGAAUUCUGGAUCCCAAGACCAUUCCCGGAAGCAUCACGCCGAGAAUGCAAAUUCAUUUAGGGCGCCGACACCACCAGCAAAGAAGAGCAAGGGCCUAGGAGGGCAAGGGCACAGCUCCGGGAGUGGGAGGCCACCGAUGUGACACCGCACCCGGAUGUACUCUAAUUUAAAAUUCAGUAUGUAUUUGAAUUUUUCUAGCGAAUGAUUUCGUGUAAAAGAAUGGUAUAUUUAAUUCAUAAAUGAUUAAAUAAAUUAUUUACCGGGUCCAUUAUAUUGAGAAUGGGCUACCAAAUAAUUAGUUGGGUCAUCAUAAUAAUUAUAGAAGCCCAAUUAAAAUGUCAACUGAAGUUGAGGAAAUAUUUGGACAACCCAAGUGCUAUUUUGACUCAACCUGCCAGAAAUAAC